GUCUAUAGAGAACAAGGACUUCUUUGCACUGCUAUAUACUGGAAAGCGACAUUACUAUCUGUUAAUUGAGACUACCAGCUUCGCUCGCAGCAUCCGCUUCCCAUGACGACCAUGAACAGAUCGUGACAAGUGGCUUUCUGAAAGACGUUCUUGGGCUCUUGAUUGGAAUCUGUCACGAUCCUCGACUUCAGCCUGCGGUCUCUCCGGACAUACACCGACUAUGAAUUUCUUGCUCGCUUCAGCACUUCUGUGCAGCAUCUCGAUCAAUAACGUGGCAGCAUUCUAUCUACCUGGAGUUGCACCCUCUUCAUAUUCUCAGGGUGACCGAGUCCCCUUGACAGUCAACGCCCUCACUCCUUCGAUAUCACGCCACGAUGAACAAAUUCAUGCGGUUGUUUCCUAUGACUACUAUCAUCCCGCAUUUCGGUUUUGUCGUCCGGAAAAGGGGCCACAACGAGUCCGCGAGUCGCUUGGGAGCAUCAUAUUUGGGGACCGUAUUCAAACAUCGCCUUUCGAAUUGCACAUGGCACAGAAUGAAACAUGCAAGAUGAUUUGUGACAGCGGGGAUUUUGACGAGAAGUCGGUGCGCUUCGUGAGAUCAAGGAUCAAUGAAGCCUACAAUGUCAAUUUGCUCGUGGAUGGUUUACCUGCGGCCGAGUUGAGAGAGGACCCGUUGACACAUGAACGAUUUUCCAGUCCUGGCUUCCCGUUAGGCAAAGUGAGGGAAGAUGGCGCAGUCAUACUGAACAAUCAUUGGGACAUCAUUGUCGACUACCACACAGCCGGCCUCCGAGGCACAAGGUACAGGGUUGUUGGGGUUCUGGUCCAGCCGCAGUCGUAUUCCGAGUCGAAAGUGACGGGAGCAGGAAAGGCCGACUGCGCUGUCAACUCCGGACCAUUGAUGUUGAAGGAGGGAGAAGGAACAAAGGUCACUUAUACGUACAGCGUUUAUUGGCGACCCUCAGACACUGCUUGGGCCACUCGCUGGGACAAAUACCUACACAUCAUCGACCCAAAGAUUCACUGGUUCUCGCUCAUCAACUCGACGAUUUUUGUUAUCUUCCUGGUUGGUAUGGUCAGCAGCAUACUUGUCAGAGCGUUGCGAAAGGAUAUCGCGCGAUACAACCGGCUCGACAACAUCAACCUUGAUGAUCUAUCGGGCACGUCAGCUGUUGAUGACGACAUCCAAGAGGACUCAGGGUGGAAGCUUGUUCACGGUGAUGUCUUCCGUAGUCCCCGAUACAGUCUGAUGUUAAGUGUUCUCCUUGGUAACGGGGCACAACUCUUUGUUAUGACUGGGGUGACGGUCGCUUUUGCCAUGCUAGGAUUUCUGUCCCCAUCCAACCGGGGCUGGCUCACUUCGAUUGGCCUGCUCUUAUACACGCUGUUCGGUUGCAUCGGUGGCUAUAUCUCUGCACGCGUGUACAAGAGCUUUGGAGGGGAGAAGUGGAAGGUCAAUAUUGCGGCUACUCCAAUAUUUGUGCCGGGCAUCGUGUUUGGAACCUUUUUUCUCCUAAAUCUUUUUGUUUGGGCAAAGGGUUCCAGUGGUGCAGUUCCUUUCACCACAAUGCUAGCAAUCAUCGCCAUCUGGUUUGUGAUCAGCGUGCCACUGAGUGUGGCCGGAUCCUGGUAUGGUUUUAAGCAGCCGGCAAUUGAAGCACCGACACGAAUCAAUCAAAUACCCCGUCAAAUACCACCAGUCACUCGAUCUCUUCGACCUCUACCGUCAUUGCUCCUUACUGGGAUACUACCAUUCUGCGCUAUCUUCGUGGAACUGUACUUCAUCAUGACAUCGUUGUGGACCAGCAAGAUCUACUACAUGUUUGGAUUUCUCUUCAUCUGCUACGCUUUGAUGGUCCUGACGUCUGCUUGCACCACCAUCCUACUUGUGUACUUCUUGCUGUGCGCGGAGGACUACCGCUGGCAGUGGCGGGCAUUCUUUGGCGCUGGGAUGACCGGCGGAUAUGUAUUUGUGAAUGCGCUGGGUUUCUGGGUGACUCGAGUCAGCUUUGGAGGGUUGACUGGAGCUGUACUCUAUGUCGGAUACUCCGCGCUCAUUAGUUUCUUGGUUGCAGUGUUGUCUGGUACCAUUGGCUUCUUUGCAUCCUACGCAUUUGUCUACCGAAUUUACGGCUCUAUCAAGGUCGAUUAAGAUCCAGCCCUUUUAUGUACGAUAUACAAUGAGAUGUGAUUGGCCACGGGUGCGUAAAUGUACCCCCAAAAUUGGACAUGAUAGCGCGAGACAUGAACAACAUCAAGUUAUCAUUGUCGAAGUUACGGAGAGCUGUCUUACUUUGCCGCUGGUGGUCAGUGUGCGCUAUAGUCUCCACGAUGGAACAGUGCAUGGAAGAAUCUUCUACCCAGGAAACACCUCAAGACUAGUAGGUCUUGGAGAUGCAACUUACAGCCUCGUCUGCCUCAGUCAAGACCGCGGUGGCCGUAAUUUUAUGGCACGAUCAACUAAGACGCCGAGAUCUUACCGCGGGAUUUGCUGCAGACGGGUAUCCUGCCGGAAGGCCUUGUGAGUGAUAGAAUGGGAAGUGUGUAUUUGUAGACUCGCUACCAACCGUGUAACUUAUGUUGUAUGACAUGUUGGCGGCGAAAAAGUAACAUCCAAAACACAGAAUGAGUAAGGAUUGAGUUUUCAUCAGUGCGGGUUCGGUGGACGGGCCGCGAGACGCGAGCAGAAGCGAUCAACACGAGGUCAAGUUAGUGAUCGUCAUCAGAUUCAUUUCGCGUGAGGCGAGGUGGAUGUCGGAUUGACCAUUUAGCAGGAGUAAGAAGCACAGACAUCCCAACGGACUACCGAUCAAAAGCAAAGGGGGACUUAGCGACGAGCACCGUACUGUACCCCGUAGGGGCAAUGAUAGUGAAAAUGUACCGAGUACUACCAAAAAUGUCAAU